AUGGAAUUGCUUCCUGUUCUAGCAAUUUUUUUUUUGCUACAUGUAGUUGGACGUGCUAGUGGUGCCAAGGAAUGUUGGACCUGCUCGUUUUCCGAUAAAACUGGUUGCGGAGAUCCGUUUAAGAUGGAUAAUCCAGGAAUAUCCAAGAAAGCAACUACGGAGGAUGGAUGGUGUUUGAAAGUAGUUCACGACAAGAAUUAUGCAAACCUAGUAGCACGUGGACCAGCUUCAGGUAAUGAAUGUACUAGCUCCGGCUGCUACAGAACUACGCGUCUUGUAAAUACUGAAUCAAGGCCGCUUCGUGAACAAGAAUUAGUUGCAUCUGCAGCUCAUCAACAAUCUGGUGCAUUUCCAAUUGUAUCGUCUGAAAUACCAACAUAUAAACGUGCAGAUCCUCCACAUGAUGUCGAUUGGCACUGUUGCUGUAAUGAAGAUCUCUGUAAUCAUGCUGCCAUCAAUUCAACACAUAGACACCUUGCAGGAUUAAUUCUUGUUUUCCUAGCUGUGCUAAAAAUCUAUUAA